AUGUAUCUGGACACACAUGGUGUGAUGCUCAGACACUUUAGCUUCAGAUCAUCAUCCUCCUCCCUUCUUCCAUUUUCGUCUCGUUCCUUACGAAGCUCCGCGAAAUCAGCAGCCUCGUCCCACUACUCUCGAAUCGUAGCCACCAUGACCACAACUUCGACCCAGAACGAGUCGACUCACCAAACUCAGAAACCCGUUCAGGUGGCGAAGCGAUUAGAGAAGUUCAAGACUACGAUUUUCACUCAAAUGAGCACAUUAGCUCUCAAACACGGAGCAAUCAACUUAGGCCAAGGCUUCCCUAAUUUCGACGGUCCUGAUUUCGUCAAAGAAGCUGCAAUCCAAGCCAUCAACGACGGUAAAAACCAGUAUGCUCGUGGCCACGGCGUUCCCGAGCUCAACUCCGCUAUAGCUGCACGGUUUCUUGAAGAUUCGGGUCUCGUUGUUGAUCCGGAGAAAGAAGUCACUGUUACCUCUGGUUGCACUGAAGCCAUAGCUGCAGCUAUGCUAGGUUUGAUCAACCCUGGAGAUGAAGUCAUUCUCUUUGCACCUUUUUACGAUUCGUAUGAAGCAACGCUCUCCAUGGCUGGUGCUAAAGUAAAAGGAAUCACUUUACGCCCACCUGACUUCUCUCUCCCUUUGGAAGAGCUUAAAGCUGCGGUGACUAGCGAGACCAGAGCCAUCCUCUUGAACACCCCUCACAACCCAACCGGGAAAAUGUUCACAAGAGAGGAGCUCGAAACCAUUGCGAGACUCUGCGUCGAGAACGACGUGCUCGUGUUCUCUGACGAAGUGUACGAUAAGCUCGCGUUCGAAAUGGACCACGUCUCCAUAGCUUCACUUCCCGGUAUGUACGAGAGAACCGUGACGAUGAACUCUCUGGGAAAGACAUUCUCUUUAACCGGAUGGAAGAUCGGUUGGGCUAUUGCACCGCCUCAUCUAACUUGGGGGAUUCGACAAGCACACUCUUACCUCACGUUCGCCACGUCGACGCCGAUGCAAUACGCAGCCGUCGCAGCUCUCAGGGCACCGGAGUCUUACUUCAGGGAGCUGAAGAGAGAUUACAGUGCGAAAAAGGAGAUCUUGGUCAAGGGUUUGAAGGAAGUUGGGUUCGAAGUGUUCCCAUCGAGCGGGACUUACUUUGUGGUUGUGGACCACACGCCGUUUGGGUUGGAGAACGAUGUCGCCUUCUGUGAGUAUCUUAUCAAAGAAGUUGGGGUCGUUGCGAUCCCCACGAGUGUCUUUUAUUUGAAUCCUGAAGAAGGGAAGCGUUUGGUUAGGUUUACUUUCUGUAAAGACGAAGAGACGUUGCGUAGUGCAGUGGAGAGGAUGAAGCUGAAGCUCAAGAGAGUCGUCUGA